AUGGAUUUCCAGGUGGAAGGGCUGGUAGCCAUCGUGGUGUUCUACCUUCUCAUCUUGCUGGUUGGCAUCUGGGCUGCCUGGAGGACCAAGAACAGUGGCAGUGCGGAGGAGCGUAGCGAGGCCAUCAUCGUGGGCGGCCGCGACAUCGGGCUGCUGGUGGGCGGAUUCACCAUGACAGCCACCUGGGUUGGAGGAGGCUACAUCAACGGGACAGCUGAGGCCGUGUAUGUUCCAGAUUACGGCUUGGCAUGGGCUCAGGCACCCAUUGGAUAUUCUCUUAGUCUGAUUUUAGGUGGUCUAUUCUUUGCAAAACCCAUGCGUUCCAAGGGCUACGUGACCAUGCUAGACCCCUUCCAGCAGAUCUACGGGAAGCGCAUGGGUGGGCUUCUGUUCAUCCCUGCACUGAUGGGAGAGAUGUUCUGGGCGGCAGCCAUCUUCUCAGCCUUAGGAGCCACCAUCAGCGUGAUCAUCAGGGCCAGUGUGCACAUGUCUGUCAUCGUCUCAGCACUAAUCGCCACCCUGUACACCCUGGUGGGUGGUCUUUACUCUGUGGCCUACACAGAUGUCGUUCAGCUCUUUUGCAUUUUCGUGGGACUGUGGAUCAGCGUGCCGUUCGCACUGUCCAACUCUGCGGUUGCUGACAUUGGCUUCACGGCCCUGCACACCAAGUACCAGAAGCCCUGGCUGGGGACCAUCGAGCCAUUUGAAAUCUACACGUGGCUUGACAGCUUUCUGUUGUUGAUGCUGGGUGGAAUCCCGUGGCAAGCCUACUUCCAGAGGGUCCUGUCUUCAUCCUCCGCCACCUACGCUCAGGUGCUGUCUUUCCUGGCAGCUUUCGGGUGCCUGGUGAUGGCUCUGCCAGCCGUGCUCAUUGGAGCCAUUGGCGCAUCAACAGCCUGGAACCAGACUGCAUACGGGCCUCUUGCUCCCAGGGAAAAACAGGAGGCAGACAUGAUCUUGCCGAUUGUCCUCAAGUAUCUCUGCCCCGUGUACAUUUCUUACUUUGGUCUUGGAGCCGUUUCUGCUGCUGUCAUGUCCUCAGCAGAUUCUUCCAUCUUGUCAGCAAGUUCGAUGUUUGCUCGCAACAUCUACCAGCUUUCAUUCAGACAAAAUGCUUCCGACAAGGAGAUCGUCUGGGUCAUGCGCAUCACGGUAUUCGUGUUUGGAGCUUCUGCGAUGACCAUGGCCUUGCUGACGAAGACGGUGUAUGGGCUCUGGUACCUGAGCUCUGACCUGGUCUACAUCAUCAUCUUCCCGCAGUUGCUCUGCGUGCUCUUCAUCAAGGGUACCAACACGUAUGGGGCGGCGGCAGGUUACGUCUCGGGCCUUUUCCUGCGAGUCACUGGCGGGGAGCCCUACCUGAACCUGCAGCCUUUGAUCUUUUACCCUGGCUAUUACAUUGAUAAAGGUGGCAUAUAUAACCAGAGAUUCCCAUUUAAAACUCUCGCCAUGGUGACCUCAUUCUUAUCCAACAUUUGCAUCUCCUAUCUAGCCAAAUACCUGUUUGAAAGUGGAACCUUACCACCAAAAUUGGAUGUAUUCGAUGCUGUUGUCGCAAGGCACAGUGAGGAAAACAUGGACAAGACGAUUCUGGUUAGAAAUGAAAACAUUAAACUAGAUGAACUCGCACCUGUGAAGCCACGGCAGAGCAUAACUCUCAGCUCGACCUUCACCCAUCAGGAGGCCCUCCUGGAAAUGGAUUCAAGUCCAGAGGGCUCUGGGACUGAGGAUAAUUUACAGUAA